AUGAUCCGAGCAGAAGACGACGACGAGGCUGCCUUACGUCUCAAUGACCAAGGCCCAGCUCUGGAGGAGACGGUGACAGAGACGAACAGAACUGCCUUGAAAACUGUAUUGCAGGCAGAAAAUACCGUCCAACUUACCGAUGUCGAGUACCUUGAACCUUCGCCUCCGUCCCCACAAGCAAUCCAGGUCAUAUCGCCUUCUGCCGAGGAUGUCGCUCAGCACAGCACGUCAGGCGACCAAGAAAUUUCGGAACAGCAGGAAGAGACUAAUGUACAGACGAUGAUGAAAGUGUGGAGGAAUUCAACGACUGGAUGUCAUUGA